CACAUGUAGAGGGGAGAUCAUCCAGCCCAGCGUUGUCAGAUUCCUGUGCACAAUCACAAACUGCUCAGACGCACAGAGAGAGUGGGGCAGAGAGAACAGAUCGAGGGAGAGAUACAGGGAAUGGGAAACUGAGGCAAAGGAAAGUGACUGAAGAGAAGAGAGAAAGAGGAAGAAACACAGAUAGAAAGAGAGCAAGCAAAAGGUAAGAAGCAGAGAGGAAAAAGAAGAGAAUAAUUGCAAGGAAAUUAGAAAGACAAUGGAGCCAAAUGGACAGACUAUGAAAACAACAAAGGGACAAUUAUACAAGAGACAGGAGAACCAAAUGACAGGCAGAGAAUAGAAUGGUUGGGGAUAUAGAGAAUAUUUGAAGGGGUCUGAAUUAAACUGUGGCCAUUUGAGUGGAGAAGUGUAAAUAGCAGCUUGUUUAACUGUGGGCAAGUGGAGAGCAGACUGAGGUGAGAGUCAGUGAGGAACCUGUAAGGUGAGAAAUUGAGAUUCGCAGCACAUGGUGGAAGGCUGAGCCGAGGCACAAGCAACAAAGUUAGUAAUGAGGGAGCAAAAGUCUGGAGAAAAGAGAGAUUUGAAGGAAAUUGGAGCAGUCUUCUUAGAGACCGGUUUUUCUGAGGGCAUUGUCAAUCAACAAGCUGAGAGAAGAGCAUGGAUUGUUACCCUGAAGACUCAUAAGAGAUUAUAGUGCUAAUACUAAAUUAACGCGGAGACUUAUUGAAGCUCUAUACUGCUAUUAACGUCUUGCUGCUGAUGCAAAAACACAUGUAUCUCAGUGUGGAAACUGCAAGAAAAGUAAGGAUCCCAGCGCUGGCACCACGAUUUGUUUCUAGACAACUACAACAAAUUGGGAUAUCUGCAUUUUGUAGCUAAAACCAAAGACUGCCAAAUUAGGAUCACAUAAAUAACUGAAUUGGGCACAGUACAAUAUUAAAUAUCUGCCCUAUUUUAUUUGUAGCACUGAUUAUCUUAUUUUACAGCGAACUUCAGUACAAGUGUCUGCAAAGUUGUAAAGAACUCAAAAUACAAUUUUUAGCUUGAAGCGGAUGCACCGUUUCAGAAAAUGAGCGUGGACUUAUGAGAUACCGUUAUGUCUCCUGUUGGAUCUCAGAUUGCUGCCCUGGAGGGCCUUAGCUGAGGAGUGACGUGUGCUACAGAGAAAAUAGAUUCUCCUCUUGUAUCAACUAGCAGAAAAUCCCAAGAUUUGUCAUGGAUACUAUUCGUAGCAGUCGGUACAGCAUUGUGUCCACUGAUGAGGAAGGUCUUCACAUGCCAUCUUUGGGCCUUAAUGGUAACUGGACAUCUUCUCUCCACCAUUCCCACUCACGGCGAAAACGGCGCAACCGAUUUGUAAAAAAGAAUGGUCAGUGUAAUGUCUACUUUGCUAACCUUAGCAACAAGUCCCAGCGCUACAUGGCAGAUAUCUUCACCACCUGUGUAGACACCCGUUGGCGUUACGUGCUGCUCAUCUUCUCGGCCACUUUCUUGGCCUCCUGGCUAUUCUUUGCCUUCCUGUUCUGGUGUAUUGCUUUCCUGCAUGGGGAUCUGGGCACUAGUAGUGGAGUGAUAGGUGGAGGUAAGCAAGGACCACCAAAACCAUGUCUGAUGCAUGUCAACAGUUUUGUGGAAGCAUUUCUCUUUUCUGUAGAAACACAGACUACUAUAGGCUAUGGGUUUCGCUGUGUAACAGAUGAAUGCCCAUUAGCUAUUCUUGCUGUGGUGGCUCAGUCAAUACUUGGAUGCCUGAUUGACUCCUUCAUGAUUGGAACAAUUAUGGCUAAAAUGGCUCGACCCAAGAAGAGGGCUCAGACAUUGCUAUUCAGUCACCAUGCUGUCAUUGCACUAAGAGAUGGUAAGCUCUGCAUAAUGUGGAGGGUAGGUAACCUCCGUAAAAGCCACAUUGUGGAAGCUCAUGUGCGGGCACAACUGAUUCGACCCUAUGUUACCCAAGAAGGUGAAUAUCUACCUGUGAAUCAACGAGACCUAAAUGUAGGAUAUGACAGUGGUUUAGACCGCAUCUUUUUGGUCUCCCCCAUUAUUAUUGUUCAUGAGAUUGAUGAGGAAAGUCCACUUUAUACAAUGGGUAAAGAGCAGCUGGAGGGAGAGGACUUUGAGAUUGUUGUCAUUUUGGAAGGCAUGGUUGAAGCCACAGCCAUGACCACUCAAGCCCGCAGCUCCUAUCUAGCUAGUGAGAUACGCUGGGGACAUCGAUUUGAGCCUGUAGUAUUUGAGGAGAAAAAUCACUACAAAGUGGACUAUUCCCAUUUCCAUAAGACCUACCAAGUUCCAGGUACUCCUGUAUGCAGUGCCCGGGAACUGCGCGAAAGUCGCAUUACCGUAUUACCCUCUCCGAGCGCCUUCUGCUAUGAGAAUGAACUAGCACUUUUGAGCCAAGAAGAAGAUGAAGAUGAGGAAGCAGAUGGCAGUGUACCAGAUGAAGGAGUUAUACACGUCAUGGGAAGUCACAUGGAGCUAGACCGACUCCAUGCCUCAAUGGCAUUAGAUAAUAUUUCCUUUCGAAGGGAGUCAGCCAUAUGAUGCCACGGAUCAUUUAUGGAAGUUUCCUUCCUAGUGCUGGCAUGGCUUUCUUAUUCCUGUGCCAUGCAGAGUGUUUUAAUAGAUUUGUCUGUCUGCAGACUACCACCCUAGGAAGCCCUAUAAAUGCCUGUUCUGAACAUAUUCCACAAAGUGUGUUCAGUCUUUAUAAAUGGAAAGUAAACGUUCAAAGAGCCAAAAAAUUAUGUUUCUGAUGGUCAGAUAGUAGGACAAAGUAAGAGAGGUCACAUAUUGAGGACCUGUGGGCUGUCAAUCAUUGUAUUUAAAUAUUUUGUACAAGUAUGAACUCUAAAUAAAUCUUGAAUAUGUGCUCUUC